CUCCUUGUAGUCUAGCGGGGCUAGGAUCCUUCCCGGCCUGUUCCAGGCCGCACUCUUCCAAAGAGGCUCUGAACUUGACCCCAUCUCUUCACAUCCGGAUCCGGGCUCCUCCCCCAGGACCGCCCAUCCGGCUUUCUCUCGGAAUAUUUGGAAUCUGACCCUUUCUAAUUAUGGCCCCUAAUAUCUCACUGAGACCCUAAAACCAUGGCCUGACGCCUACCCCUUUGCCAGCGAUCCCGGCCACCUUCCCCUACGGUAACGGAGAUAGAAUUUCUCUCCUGCAAUUGUAGAUUAGGCUCUUUUCCCCUUCCAGCGCCUCAGCCUCCAGUACCCCAAUUAGUCCUCGUUUGUAAUUAGUAGGUCUGAGGAUUUUAGCCUCAAGGCACUCAGAACCAAGCCCUCGCUUUCCUCCUUACAGCCAGUGAACCCUCCCCUUCCCCUGUAUCUGCAAGUCCCCAGCCUGGGAAAACAUGGCCCCACAGCCCCUCAGGGGCCUGGUCCCUUCUCUUCUCUGGAGCUUGGGUCUGUUUCUGAGCCUCCCGGGACCUGUCUGGCUCCAGCCCUCUCCUCCUCCCCAUUCUUCUCCCCGAGCUGAGCCCCAUCCAUGUCAUACCUGUCGAGCACUGGUGGACAGCUUCAACAAGGGCCUGGAGAGAACCAUCCGGGACAACUUUGGUGGUGGAAAUACUGCCUGGGAGGAAGAGAAGUUGUCCAAAUACAAAGACAGUGAAACCCGCCUGGUGGAGGUGCUGGAGGGUGUGUGCAGCAAGUCAGACUUCGAGUGCCAUCGUCUGCUGGAGCUCAGUGAGGAGCUGGUGGAGGCCUGGUGGUUUCACAGGCAGCAAGAGGCUCCAGACCUCUUCCAGUGGCUCUGUUCCGACUCCCUGAAGCUCUGCUGCCCCUCUGGCACUUUUGGGCCCUCCUGCCUUCCAUGUCCUGGGGGCACAGAGAGGCCCUGCGGUGGCUACGGGCAAUGUGAAGGGGAAGGGACUCGAGGGGGCAGCGGGCACUGUGAUUGCCAAGUCGGCUAUGGGGGCGAGGCCUGUGGCCAGUGUGGCCUCGGCUACUUUGAGGCGGAGCGCAAUAGCAGCCAUCUGGUAUGUUCGGCAUGUUUUGGUCCCUGUGCCCGCUGCACAGGACCCGAGGAAUCCCACUGUCUGCAGUGCAAGAAAGGUUGGGCCCUGCAUCAUCUCAAGUGUGUGGACAUCGAUGAGUGUGGGACAGAGCAAGCCACCUGUGGAGCUGACCAGUUCUGUGUGAACACAGAAGGCUCCUAUGAGUGCCGAGAUUGUGCAAAGGCCUGCCUGGGCUGUAUGGGAGCAGGGCCUGGUCGCUGCAAAAAAUGCAGCCGUGGCUACCAGCAGGUGGGCUCCAAGUGCCUAGAUGUGGAUGAGUGUGAGACAGUGGUGUGUCCAGGAGAGAAUGAGCAGUGUGAGAACACGGAGGGUAGCUACCGCUGUGUCUGUGCUCAGGGCUACAGACAGGAGGAGGGUGUCUGCAUGAAGGAGAAGAUCCCAGAGCCGGCGGGCUUCUUCUCGGAGAUGACGGAGGAUGAGCUGGUGGUCCUGCAGCAGAUGUUCUUUGGUGUCAUCAUCUGUGCACUGGCCACGCUUGCUGCUAAAGGUGACCUGGUGUUCACUGCCAUCUUCAUUGGAGCCGUGGCAGCCAUGACCGGGUACUGGUUGUCAGAGCGGAGUGACCGUGUACUGGAGGGCUUCAUCAAGGGUAGAUAAUCCCUGCCACACUUAGGGGAUGUCCUCCCACCCAGGAUGCCCCCAGAGGUCAUGUUUCUCUCCUGCUGGACACCUGGGGCAGCGUGGUUCCUCUCUGAGACUGGGGUAAACAGCCUUUUACCUGCCUUACCCAGCAGCCCAGGACCCCAGUAGCCUCAGGGGUGGAAAAAAAGCUGGAAGCAGUUGCCAGGAGAACCUUGCCUUGGAGACUGACAGGCAUUACAGUGUGUGAAUUUCAAAAGACAGUUUCUCCUUAGGGAGGUUGCAGGCUUUGGGCCCUGCCCAGUAAGAGAGGUGUCCCCUCAGGGGUGGGGCCACCGUUGCCAUCCCCGCCAGGUGCAUGCUGCCAGCUCCUGUUGCGUAUUCUCCUCCCACACCCCAGCCAUUGACUUAUUUAUUCAUCUCAGGAAAUAAAGGAAGGUCUUGAAAACUGGAAAA